UUCUGGCUUUGUGCUGGUUUCGGCGGUGACGCAAUGGUACACCGCUCGCAGAUUCCGUGCGAGACGGUGGCCACCGUCCUGGCGCGGCGCUACUCCGGCAGCGGCGUCCGGGACGGCUACCCGCUGCUCUACCGCGGCCGCGUCACCAUCGUGCCCAUCGACGACUUCAACAACGCCUCCGCAAACUGCGUGCCGGGCACCGAGUCCGCGGUCACUGGAUUCUACGACAAAGUGAUCUUGGGCCUGGGCAGCGGCGUGAGUGACCUGUUGGGACUGCGCAUGGACACCGUGUUCAUAUCGGCCGCGGUCUUCAUCGUGCUCUUCCUGCUUCUCUCCGACGGACUUCCCAAGAUGCAAUACUCCCUGUAUGCCCUGGCGGUUAGCCAAUACACGCUGCUGGCUGCGCUGUUGGGCGCCACUGUGGUACGUGACGGCGCUUUCGUCGGCCUCUCCCAGCUGCCCGUCUGGAAGUUUGGCGCCCUCGCACGCCUCUCGCUCUGGCAAGACGUGGUGGCUUUCGCCGCGUUCGGCAUCGGUCUCGGUGGUUACGGCAUCAGCUUUAUCACCGCCCACAACUCCUUCCAGAACAACUUUGUCGUUGACCUAGCCUACUUGCUGGUUCUGGACACCCUGAAGUGCCUGGGUACGGCGGCGAUCGUCUUCUUCGUGCUGGGCAGCUACGCCCGGAAGACAGGUCUCGAGAUUGACCAGGUCAUGGCCAGCAAUGUGGUGGAGGACGUGGCCUUCGCGCAGAUCCCGCAGGCGCUGUUGUCCACACAGACGAAUGGAGUCGUGCUGCCGGUGUUCUUCCUUUUCGUGGUCUUCAUGGGACUCGGAUCACUGCUGCUGACUACCGAGCUGGUUCUGGAAGUGGUCGACGAAGAAUUCCCGCACGCACACGUAAAUAACCGCACGGUCCGCGUCGUCACCUCGGUCAUCUGCUUCUUCGCAAGCUGUGUAUACACCACGCCUGCUGGCCCCUACAUAAAGGUCCUUGUCCUGGAGUACCUUUAUUACGUUGUCGGUUUCGCCAACAUCAUCGGAGAGUUGCUGGUUGUCUUCCAACUCUAUGGUCUCGAACGCGUGAUGAUCGACUGCGACCUCAUGCUGGAGAGAACGCCCUGGAGGGUCCUUCAGGUGCUCUGGACCUCGGUCAUUCCAAUGGUACUCACGGAGUACUGGCCUUGGAAAGAGCAGGAGACUUCGAGGGAGAUAUCCUCCGGCCACGGGACAAUUCCGCUGAUCGGAAUGCAGUUACUAAAAAGGACCGCCUGUGGCCCGGAGGAAUCAUUCCUUACGUCAUCGACGCUCAACUCAAUCGCACUACGAAGAAGAUUCUGCGGGCAAUGGCCGACAUCGAGUCUCAAAGCUGCUUGCGGUUUGUGGCCCGCAGAAGGCAUCAGAACUACCUGUACAUCAUGCGCGGAGACGGAUGUACUUCGUUCGUUGGGCGCCAGGGCGGCGCUCAGGAGGUGUCCCUGGGCACAGGCUGUCUCUACCGGGCUACCAUCGUGCACGAGCUGAUGUACGCGGUGGGCUUUGAUCACGAGCACUCCCGUUCGGACAGAGAUGAAUACAUCGACGUCUUCACCGAGAACGCGGAGCCAGAAAAUGUGGAGCAGUUUGACAAGCUCGAGCCCUGGGAGAACAGGCUGCUGACACCAUUCGACAGAGACUCAGUCAUGCUGUACGGCUCGGAGUCGUUUGCCCGCGAACCAGGCCUGGCAACCAUGCUGGCCAAGGACGGCAGCAGGCUUAAAGAAGUUUACGACAAGCGAGGUCUGAGCGCUAGCGAUGCGCGAAGGAUAAAUAUGCUGUACCGCUGCAAAAAUAAAAAGACUUAGCCCCUACA